UUGCAAAGUGACGUCACCGGGAUGUCCCAAAAAGGGCGCACCAUUAUAAUUGCCCGAUCUCAGGUCUGUCUUCUUGCUCGAAACAUUCCAACACAUGUCUGAAAAAAGACGUAUUAGAGACGUGAUUGAAAGAUACGUAUGUCACUGCCGUCGGCGUAACGUUCACGUAUUAUUAUCGCAGUUCAUCGUGUCACACUUCAGUUUCGUUUUGCAAUCACUCCCAGGACUUACUUCUCCGGAAGAUUUGAAGCAUCAUUGGACAGCUCAUUUCCGGACUGCAGUAUGCUCACUCGACACCAAUGAGUGGGAGCUUGAUACCCAGAAGAUUGUGUGGACGGAGGUGGCGUUGAAGAAGAAGGAGUUUGAAACGCAGCAGAAGGAAAAGGAGAUGGGGUUCGAUCGUAAGCGAAAAACAGUCGACCUAUUCAAUCGCGAGCACGAGUUUGUUGGCUUGGAACUGGAGAACCAGCAAACGCAAAAUUAUAUACCUGAAUCCAGUAAAAAAAGAAAAGUAAUCUGCGACGAAAUAGAUGAAUUUUUUAACCUGAGCUCUCCUGAAAUCGAAGAGCAAAGAACAUCUACUGAAGAAGAUACGCACAAUUCUGAAGCACAUGAUAAAUCCUCAAACUCAGACCGUGGGGAUGUCAAAUUCAAUCACACGGAAACCCCUACUUUGCGAAUUUUGUUAUCCAGAUAUGAAGAAGCUUAUAAAGCAAUGGAUAACGCACGCAAAUGGACAUUGUCGACAGGAAAGGUGGUCGAGGAUGCCGUAUACUAUUUCGGCAAGCGUUGCACUGAAGAACAUUUGUCACAUUCUUUUGUAAUUGACAUCUCGGAUGCCGCAUAUAUUUCUUCUGGCACGUUUACACAAGAUGAAAUAAAUGAAAUAGCCCGUACGAACUCAAAGCCCACCCCGGAGAUGCCGGAAGAUUUACAUUCAUAUAUUCAAACGUACCGACAGGACAAUGUUGACGAUUUGAGACGUGCCAUCUUUUCCCCACAAACUUGGGAUCAGGAUUUCAAACGCAGAACUCACUUUGACCAUGACUGGGUGCGACAGUCUGUUUACAAUAUUGUCACUGAGUACGAAGCCUAUAAUUUCAUGCGGCCCCAUUUGGAACAAUGGUAUAAUAUUCAUGUCUGGAGGUUAUUUGAUAAAUGCUUUGAAAUUAUUCCCAACGUUGAAAUUGCAAGAGGCGAGUCACCGAGCCAGGCUUCUGGAGAACGAAAAAAUAAGACCAGAACAGUUCCUGGCAUGACGAAAAUAAGGCGCCAAUUCAUUGGUCGUCGUGUUGAUUUUGCCGUUCGGAAGCAUUUAGUGGAAUACGGCUGUGGAGAAGUUGGGUUGUGUGCAGUAAACGGCGAAAAUACAACGAAAUUGAUGAUAGAACGAGGAUUGAAAGCGCCGAAGAUCAUGCGGGAUAUGUUUAUGCACCUUUCAAAUUCGGUUGGUAAUAAUGAGCAAGUUAUCCGUUCAUUGGAAACUGUGGCACUGGUGCACAAAGAACUCGAUGUGACAAUGCUUCGUCUUGAUUCGCCGCGUGGUUAUAUUUGUCGUGUGAUGAGAACCGCAACGAAAAGAAUACCGCGAGAGGUAGGAAUGUUCUCCAAGGUAUUAGCAGUGAUCGUUAUGGCAUGGACAACCAGAGAGAUCGUUCGUCGCGUUAUGUCAGUUCUCGAGAGCUACGAUGAUGACGAAGAUCUUCGCUCAAGCUGUCGACCUGCCUUGUCAGUCCCAGCUGCUGCAUCCCAGCUGAUUCUUCCUGAAACGAACACAACCCCAAAUAAUGCAAGAAACCGUAUGAGAUGAAGAUCUGCUUCCUCUGCCAUUCGCAAUUGAUAUCAAUAAACAAGCGAGAAUGGAAUCAAGUGUUACGCUUAGAAAUUGUGAUCAUCAAUUGGUUUCUGAGGACCUUUAGUGGUAAUAUUGUUUUUCGGCUUUGAAUGUAAAAGCUUCUUGUCAGUGAAUGAUUCACAUAUGACGCAUAUUGGCACCGCUUGAGAGACUGGCUUAAUGAGACAAGAAUAAUGAAGAUAAAUGUUUUCGACUUAAUGUCUAAAUGAAC